CCUCCCACGCGAUCCCGAUCUCUCGAAUCCUCUACCCAGCCGUGGCCUCGCUGCCUCGUGUACGACCUAGGGCUCCGGCUCGCUUCCAAGAUCCGGCGACAUGGGCGAGCGCAAGGUGCUGAACAAACACUACCCGGACGACUUCGACCCGGCGAAGAUCCCGCGGCUGCGGCAGCCCAAGAACCGGCAGAUCGUUGUGCGCGUGAUGCUCCCGAUGAGCAUCCGCUGCGGCACCUGCGGGACGUACAUCUCCAAGGGCACCAAGUUCAACUCGCGCAAAGAGGACGCCGCCGGCGAGGCAUACCUGGGCAUACGAAUACACAGGUUCUACAUCAAGUGCACACGCUGCUCCGCCGAGAUCGCCUUCAAGACGGACCCCCGGAACUCGGACUACACGGUGGAGUCCGGGGCCAGCCGCAACUUCGAGCCAUGGCGCGAGGCAGAGGCUGUGGUGGACAAGGAGAAGAGGAAGCGAGCCGCGGAAGAGAUGGGCGACACCAUGAGAGCGCUGGAGAACAGAGCCACGGAUUCCAAGCGGGACAUGGACGUACUCGCCGAUUUGGAAGAGACGCGGUCGAUCAAGUCUAGGCAUGAAGGGGUCUCCAUUGACCGGAUGCUUGGGAUUCUGAACCAUUCUUCUUCUACUGCUCAUCAUCAAAAUUUAGAGGAGGGAAAUACAGUACUACUUGCAGAGAAAGACGAAGAGCUCGUCAGAUCAAUCACUUUCCGUAACUCGGAAGGUUACGUAAAACGGAUCGAAGUCAAUGAUGAAGAUUUUCUGUCAGAGAUCAUCAACGAGUCUUCUGAAUCAGCGUUAGAUCAUCCAACAGAUGUCUUGGUCAAAGCUAAUGAUCCUGAGAGUGCCAAUAAAGAAGAAGUAAAGGAGAGCUUGGCAUCUAAGAUGCCCAAAUUGAUAGUAAAGCCAAAGUCAUCAGCUGCUGCAAAUCCUCAGAAGAAACACAAGAGUACUGAAUCUCCAGCUGUCCAUGAUGAUGUCAAAGCACCAGUUGCAGAGGAGAAAAUUGAAGCUUCAGAAGAGAAGACCAAUAUUCUUCAUUCCCUUUUCCAAUAUGAUAGCGAUGAAAGUGAUGAGUGAAGACGACCCUUAUUCGAGUCAUAACCGCACUUCAGGAGACAAGUCCCUGGAACAAGAUCAUCAUCACCAUGUAACUCAAGUCUGCAAAAUCAGAGUUGUGUCCGAGAUAAAUUUGUAACAUUGAUAAAUUCAGAGAAAAUAUUAACUUGACGGUUAAAACUGCCCAUCAUCAAAACUAGUUGACUGUCAUUAUGACUGCAUGCAUGCAACUAUUAAACAGGUUGCUAGUACGAGAAAUAUCAUUAAUUUUGCCUCGAUUACUGUUGGUGGCCUUGUAUAGAUGCAAAAUGUAUA